CCUAGGCUUGACAUUUUGGGUGCUUGCUUACGGGAGGUUCGACUGUAUUUGCUAAUGAGGUAAAAUUGUGACCCAAGAUGGUCUAAGCUCUCGUAAGCGACCACAUCCCGUAAGCGCUUACGGGAGGUUCAACCGUAAUUACAGAAAACAUAGAUAAUACAAUUUAGAGUAUUGGCUGCCUGGAAUAACCAUAGGGGCUAGCAGAUCAAGGCAUCAUGCGUUCUGCAGGAGACUGAGAGAAUCGAUUACCGCUGCUGAUAUUAUUGCUAUUUUUUUGUUGUUCUUAGGACAACUUCCAGUAACUAUGGGGAUAUUUUCCGGGCGUAAAGAUCCAGAAUGGGUGAUUCCAGGCAAUCAUCCGAAGUUGGUGAAAAUUCAACUCCUUCUGGUUGCCGCAAAAAAGGCUAAAACCUUUCACACUAGAGAUGAAAUGCCAGCAAGGUUGGGUUACAAGGGGUUCAUCGUAGUAUACGAACAGGCAGAGCGCUUGAUUUUGGGUCCGAAAACGGUGGAUCUUCAAGAAGCUCUGUUCACCACCAUGCCACAAGGUGCGAUACCAGAUAAGAUCGUGGCGCGCACUUUGCAGACGAUCAAGGCCGGAACUGUACUCCCCCAAAAACUUCGAAGGAAACGUUAUGCACCGCUGUUUGACCCAGCUCCUUUUAUGGACGCAAACGUGAAAAGAAACAACAACUGCUACAAUUACGCAAACAUCAAAAUCACCAACACCUUUGCACAGCCUGGAAGAGGCUCAACAGGAAUCUAUGCCGCAAUAACUGCCGCUGCAGUGCGAGCUGCUUCAAUUGCCGAUGGAUUGGCGGUUGUUGCGAACGGCAACUUCCCUCAAGGAUCAAGACAUGUGGUGGCUCUUGUAGUUGAGGACGGUGUCGAUUUCCACUGGUACCGUAGAGAUAGGGAUGGUAGAUGGUCUCAUAAGCCUGGCGAGACCAGUGUCACCCGAACUGAUGACUCUUAUAAUCUGAUUAAUGAUCCGUCCGCAGCGAAUGUUGACAUGAACGGCUACCAGUUCGUCUGUUUUAUGACCACUGAUAGGAACACUGUCACUAUCAAUUAAUAAUCAUCUGUAAUUGAGUGGUUAC